UCUGUAUUUUUCUAUCCUUAUUCUGGUAACCUUGGGCCUUGGGUUGGCUUGCCACUGGCACUGGACUCGCCAUGGUGUUUCUGUAAGCUCCUGAAAUUGUGGCUUAGUUACAGGAAACAUCAUUAUCAGUUCCUGAAUUGUGCAUUGGAUGUUUCAUUACCACGGUACUACACUACAAGAUUUCUAACGAGCGCCUUUUCUCUACACAGAGCUUUUGAGCAGAUUGUCACAAGCACGGUUAAGCUACGCAUAGCACAACAGACAGGCAAUGGCCCACUUUGGAUUGCUGCUUGACAUCGACGGUGUCAUUGUGCGUGGUCGAAAAGUAAUAUCGCACGCUGUAACAGCCUUCCAGAAGUUGGUAGACCGUCAUGGAAGAUUCCGUGUUCCCACAGUGUUUGUCACUAAUGCAGGCAACUCUCGCAGACAAGAUAAGGCCCUCCAGCUGUCACAGUGGCUGGGCAUUAAGAUAAGUGAACAUCAGGUUGUGAUGUCGCAUAGCCCACUCCGUAUGUUUCAGCAGUUUCACGACAAGCAUUGCUUGAUAUCUGGACAAGGCCCAAUUGUGGACAUAGCGCACGGCCUAGGUUUUCUGAAGGUAUCAACGAUAGACAACUUGCGGGCUCAUUUUCCUCUCUUAGAUGCUGUUGAUCAUAAAAGACGACAAACUGAGCCAUCUCCAUAUGAAAGGUUCUUUCCAAAAGUAGAAGCCGUUGUUUUAUUUGGCGAGCCCGUCAGGUGGGAAACCAGCCUCCAGCUCAUCAUUGAUGUCUUGAUGACCAGUGGACAGCCAUGGGCAGCACCUCAACUUGUUUCACAUCCUCAUAUUCCUGUCCUAGCAUGUAACAUGGAUCUACAGUGGAUGGCGGAGGCUUGCCUACCAAGGUUUGGCCAUGGCGCCUUUCUUCUUUGCUUAGAAAACCUCUACAAGAAAAUAACCGGCAAAGACAUGAUCUACACUGCACUAAUUGGCAAGCCGAGCGAGGUUACUUAUCUGCAUGCAGAAUCCUGCGUUCAAGAAGAGGCCCAGCGUCUUGGCAUCAAACAUCCUGUCAGGCACCUUUUUGCAAUCGGGGACAAUAUUAAUACGGAUAUCUAUGGAGCAAACCUCUACAACCGUUACCUGCAACGGCGCCGCAAAGCAGACGCCACAAAAGCCAUCCUGGCGGCCGGCUCCAACGCCUUGCAACAGGCGCUCAAGUCGGACGCCAACAAGUGUGCCACGUCGAUUCCAGAGGUUAACACCAUUGGCGGCUGUGGUGCCACUAGCUGUAGUUCGAUCCUUGUUCACACGGGCGUGUACUGCAAGGAGCUGCAUGAUGCAGACUGCGACCAUACACCACGUGAUUUCCUUCCUGCCGAAGUUGGACUGAAAGAACCCACCUACUGUGUAGACAAUGUCCUCUCCGCAGUUGAGCUCAUCUUUGACCGUGAGGGCUUCUCUUGAUGGCUUCCUUCUAGUUUCCCUUUGAACUUGUUAGGAUUUUAAAAAUUUCCUACACAUUGCAAAAAAUGCUCUGUUCUGUACAUACUAGUUUCCAACUGAAGAGCCUUUUCGUAGCAGUAGCUAUGUGUUAUAAAUUGAAAAAUCUUGAAAUAUACUGUGACAUCUUUACUCAAGCCAAUACAACAAAUUAAUAGUCCACAAUUCUAAUGCAGUGCUUUUGAAUUCCUCCUGCAAGAAAUUUGUCUUUGAUGGUGUGAGGAGAUUAUUGUAUUACUUCUGCUGUAAUAUGCUAGCCCCGAAAACUGAAUAUUUGGAGCCAUUAGAAAGAGUGUUAGUAGACAUUUGAUCACAUGGUCUUUGGAGUUCCGUAUCUGCCAUACCUAAUAAACAAAUAACAUUUCAAACCAC